UAGCGGAGAUUGUUUACGUCUCAACGGAUAAGUGAGUAUUUGAAUUGAUUGUGACGUUUAUUUCUGGAUCAAAGAGCCGCUCAAAUGUCUUUAAAAACGAAAAAGAUGGAUAAUUUACUGAAACCCAUUGCGGUGCAGGUGAAUAAAUUGAAUCAUCUCCUUGAAGAUGACAAUAACGAUCCUGAAGACGUGACCUCGGUAAAAUCGAUUUUACUUUCUGAACUAGAGAAAUUUACCACGAUGCUGCAGCUGUCGCGGAGUCGGUACUGCGAUGGCAGUGCUUCGUACGAUGAAAUGAAGUCCAAGAUAACAUCGAUAAUAAAAGGGUUCUGUACGAUGUCAACGACACCAUCAGCCCCGAGGGAUCCAGGAAAUACAGUCCAGAAGUUUCUGGAGGAACUGACGAGCGCUCUGAGGAACCUGGAGAACCUGGAGCACUUCGAUCUGAAGGAGCAGCUGCAGUACACGAUGACUUACGUGAAGGAGAUGGGAGAGGUCAAUGAGAUCGAGGACUUUAAGAACAUAAAAGAAAUCGGGGAGAGUCUCCUGGACAUACUGGGACCUCUCCAGGACUACGGAAAGGGUCUAACAUCGAGAUCCUUGAAGGAAAAACUUGCUCUGUGCGUCUGCCAACUAUGUGCAGCCUUUUCGAUGCUCAUGAGUGUUGUCUACACUCAGCACGAGAUAAAUCUACCCAUGUACACGUCAAAGAGCUACAUCUGUGGAAGAAUCUGCUGGUGCCUCAGGAUGAUAAAUGAAAUCUUCGAGUCGAAGACUGUAGAUCCUGAAAGUGACACAGAAAGAAUUGAUCAUUUCGUUUAUAAAAUGGACAUGGCUCUGGACAUAAUCUCUGAUCUUCCUGAGAAGCCCCAGGGGGAGCAGAUGAUCGAGUGCAGUAGACUCUGGACUGCCGUUGAAGAUGUAUUCUCCCACGCAAUGGUGAUCGCCCAGGUUUGCGAUCCUGAGAAUUUCAAGGCUAUUACUGGAGUGUGCCAAUCGAUAAUGAAUGAGUACGAUAACCUGAAGGGGCAGAUCUCUGCGGAACAACCAGAUUUUAUGCUCAAUUCACUGUUCGUCAACACCUUUACUGACGCUCUUUACAGGCUCGAGAGGAAGAUCAAUAUUUCCGUUCUAUCUCUGGUGCUUGAAGUUUUCAGCGAUCCCUUUGGGCCCAUGAAAAAACUCGUGAAAAUAUGUGGUAACAGCCUAGCACGUGAUAAGAGGAGCAAAAAGGAUCUGGACGAUCUUAUCGAGGAGUUUGAUCAGUUGAACGAUAGGAUCAUGCAGGUGGGGCUAUAUGCUGUUGCCUGUUGCAACGACAUCAACAGGGUGACGAAGAUAAAGAAUUGCAUGGCUAGUCUGGAGUCCCUGGAGGCAGAGCUGGUGCCCUCCAUCGUGUCCUUCUAUCUGCAUCCUCAUAAUUUGGAGAUGAGGAUGAAUGUCAAGCUGUUUACGCGUCAAUGGCAGUUGGAGAUGAAUAAAUUGAAGAACUCUGUGAACUUGAUCAUCGAUUCGUCCGCCUUCUGUCAGGUCGUUCUCGAUGAUCUGCAACCGAGGGUGCAGAUUAUGUCCGAUGAUUUGGAUAAUUUUCAGGGGAUAACGCAGGCCCAGGUGCAGGCGUUUGUCCAGAGGGCCUGCACGCUGGCUACUCAGGUGACCACAGCUGUUGAUGAUGUGGGGAAGGAUAGGGUGCACAAGCAGACGAUUAUGAUGAUCAGGGAGUUGAAGGCUGCGAUUUUUCAGACCGAUGUCGCCUCCAAGAAUUUUUUGAAGGAUAAUCCGACAGAGCCUCAGCAACUGAGGGUUAUCAAACGGUGUGAGCUCGUGGUGAAUGUUGUUAAACGUCUCCAGCCUGCUCUUUUGGUGGUGAUGAACAGUUCUCAGGGCGCUUUUGAAAAGUCCAACAGCUCGCGGGGUGAUGGGAAUUUGACUUUCGUGAAAACUCCGUAUACUGUGAAGACACACAAGCCCAUCGUGUCAAUUCAGUCUGAAGGGAGUGUCAAUAAAUCCAGGACUGAGCUCUCCUGCUUGAUCCCUUACAUAGAGAGAGGGCGAACUAUGCGAACCGAGAGGAGCAUUAUAAUGUAUAGGACCCCGAAGACUCAGGCCCGUGAAAAAAACGAUGAGAAUAAAAAUGUCGACGAUAAUAGGGAUACCAAUGUCUUGAGGAGGGAUUCUCCCUGCGUAAGGCAGCACCUCUUCUCCAGGGUGAGCUUUGACAGUGGCAGAGACAUCGAUCUCUCCUCUGAGAGCUGGAAUUUAACUGGAAUCCUUAAUAAACUCUCCACUGCGUCUGUCUCCUUCGACUGGACAACGGGCAAGAAGGACGAUGGGAAUUGGUUGUUUGGCCUCGAGACUGUCAGCCAGUACUCGAGUAUUGGGGGAGGCGAUGCACCUUCUGCUAUCGGGACGGCAGAGAGACUCGGGGAUAUUCGACAGAUUGAGAAAAAACUCGCCGCUUUGAAAACGGAUGGGUGAAAUUUAGCGACACUCAUCGCGGAAGUUAUAAAUUUAUUUUUAUUAAUGAUAGGAUUUUUGCAUUUCGAUUUGAUAUGUUCAGAGUUUAAUUUCGCCUCAUGAGAUAUUUUUAUUUUAUUUGAUCGUUCUUGGAGGAACGGUUUUUAAAGAAUGGAGGUAAUAAAACUGUUUUUUUUUUAAUUCAGAAAAUUUCGCUGUUUUGGAUUUGGGGACACUCUCUUUUUCUUCCGCUGCCGCCGCUACGAUAAUCGCUGUUCAACCUUUGCCAUAAGCACUGAUCUCUCCUAUAAUCUCUCCGUCAUGACACUUUCCAGUCAAUUUUUUCAUUUGGAAAUUUAUUAUUCCCUCUGGAAAAUGUACGGUAGUGGAAAUUUUUUACAAGCUCGUGAAAUUUAGUUCUAAAUUAGAAAUACGUCAAAGCAGAUAAAGAUUACUCGAUUCGUCGAGGAGUUGACUCAUCGACAGGUAUGUAGUGACGAUCAACACAAUAACAAUAACAAAUCUCUGGCAUAUAAAAAAUAGACAGCUGUUCUUUUUUUUGUGGUCUAUUGUUGUGGGUGGGUUUUAACACGUUUUGGAUGUCUGGGCUAUUUUUUCUCGGUCUAUUUCUGCUGCUUACCGGCAUAUGAGUAAGAUCCUUGCCUGACAUGCCAGAGGUCAUGAGUGCAAUUCUGAUUCUGGAUUUGAUGAAACUGAACUGAUGGACUCAUUCGUGGGUUUUCUUGCCUCUGGAGUACUUUUCCCGCCGUUCUCCCAACGUUUACUACUAAUUUCUGCGUAACUUCUCACGUAUUUUUUCCAGUAUUUUUCUCUCCGCGUACGUGAAAUUUCGUAAACUUCACGUAUUUUUUCUGGGAAUUUUUAUUGGACUUUCUCUCUCGAUUACAUGAUCCCAAAUGAGUUCAGAUGACUUCAAUGGAUUUGAAGUGAUUUCUGAUGAUUUCAGGACUUAUUUCAAGAUUCAAAUUGAUACUAUUGUAAUUUUUCGAAUCGAUUCCGUAAUCGGUAAGCGAACUGAAAGUUCCGUAAUUUUUUACUAAAUAUUUAUCCGUGUGAUAUUCGAUUAUUUUGAAUCCAUAAAAUGGAUAAACCAAAGAUUCGCAGAGAGUCGGAGAAUAAUUUUUUCAAUGACAGAAAUAUUAGCGUAUAAAAUGAUGGAAAUAUAAGACAGAACGUUAUAAUCUACAACUCUUCCGUUAUCGGAAAUACAUCAGCAAUAUGACACUUUGAUUAACAUAUUAUUGAUAUAGUGGAAGAACGAAUGGCAUUUGAAUGUAGCACAGGCGAGAAUCCGUUGAUUUCAUCAAUCGAUCGAAAAGGUCAUACAUUCAAGGAUCAUUAUUAUACGAUGAUAACUCGAUGAAUUGUUUUAAUGAGGACGAGUCACCAUUAUAUUACGCAUAUUCAUAAGAAGGUUGAGCAUCCGUCGUGAUCAUCUGUGAUUAAAAUUCUUAUUCUGAUUGUAAUUGAUUCCAAAAGCGUUCCUCAAACUACACCCAAAAAAUAAAAAAAAUAUUUUCAGAUUUACUUUCUUCAUUCAAGCUUUUUACGGUAUGCAAAUUUCGACUGGAAUAAAGAUUAAUUGAAGAUAUCUAAAAACUAAAUUUCAUGAUUAAGAGUAAAUUUUUGGCUUUCGAUUAAUGAAAUUCAUCGUUUCAAAAUUUUGGAUGGAAUCGCUAAAAAAUUUGGCAAUUCGAAAGAAUAAUUUCAGAAGUUGACGAGUCUCUGUUUCAGACGAAGAAAUCCCAAAUGAAAACUGGGAUUUAUUAAUUUUUUAUCAAGUAUAAGAUAUACUGAUAGAUUUAGAUGAUAAUGACAUUUGUAGGAAUGAAUUAUUUUCCUCG